ACUUAUGUCGGCGCGGUACGUUUGAAAAUGGAAACAUUAUUUUUACAUUUUAGCAUUGUUGCACAAAAACUGGAUAAUUUAUUUGAAUGAAAACCUAUAUACAUAAAUAUUAUUUCACCCCCAUUAUAUAAAAGAUUAGCGAAAUCAAAAUGGAUAAUGAAAGUAUGGAUUCGAUUACGAGUCGAAUCCAAAAACUGGAGAAGCUGAUGCAAGGAGAAAUCCAAGAGGCUGGCAUAUUGGAUACAUUAGUGAACCAUCAGGGACUCUUGGAUUGUUUAUAUGUUUUAUUUAAUGAAUGCCAGACACAAAACUUAUUGAAAAACAAAUAUGUUUAUGAGUUUGUGAAGAAAUACAAGAAAACUGUCCAGGAAAUAGCAAAGCUCCGGUUAAAAGCUACAGAUUUUGAAGUGAAGGAAAUCAUUGGCCGUGGUCAUUUCGGGGAAGUUCGUGUGGUGCGUGAGAGAUAUAGUGGUACUGUCCAUGCUAUGAAAAUGCUGGAGAAAAGUAAAACUCUAGCUCAAUCUGAUGUGUCUUUCUUCUCUGAAGAGAAAGAAAUCAUGGCUAAAGCUGACAGUUGCUGGAUAACAAAACUCCACUACACCUUUCAAGAUGCUAAUUAUCUGUACUUUGUCAUGGAAUUCUAUCCUGGAGGAGAUUUACUAUCUCUAUUAUCAAGAUACAAUGAUAUUUUUGAUGAAAAAAUGGCUCGAUUUUAUCUCACAGAAAUGGUCCUUGCUAUUAACGCUGUCCAUUCUUUGGGGUACAUUCACAGAGAUAUUAAACCAGAGAAUGUAUUGCUUGAUAGAAAUGGACACAUCAGACUUGCUGAUUUUGGCUCUGCUGCAAAAAUGUCAUCCAAAAAUUUGGUAUCUUCACACAUACCUGUUGGUACUCCCGAUUAUGUUGCACCAGAACUACUAAAGAUGAACACAGCUAGUAGUGUGCAGCGAUACAGUGUUGAGGUAGACUGGUGGUCAUUGGGAGUGUGCGGCUAUGAAAUGCUUUAUGGCGUCACUCCAUUCUCCAGCAGCGAUAACUCAAAAUCUGGGACCUACAACAAAAUUAUGAAUUACCAGCAUUAUCUAAAGUUUCCGUCCAGUGAGAUCUCCAAAGACGCUGUAGAUUUGCUCCAACACCUGCUGACUGAAGCAAAAUACCGUCUUAAUUACCAGAGCUUGCUUGUUCAUCCAUUCUUUGCAAGUAUGAAUUGGCAGAACAUACGGAAUGAAAAAUCUCCUUUUAUACCAAGUGUGAGUAGUUUAGAUGAUACCUCCAAUUUCGAUGAAUAUGAAAGGCUACCACCACAACCAAAAUAUGAUGACCCUAAAUUGCGUCGAGAUUUCAGUGGCAAAGACUUGCCUUUUGUUGGUUUCUCUUACUUUGGUUCAACCAAAGAUGAAUCUACGGAUUCUUCUGGAGUGACAUCUGGAGUGACAUCUUCUGAGUUUGACGAAAGUUCUGAUGAUGGUAAACCAUCUAAUGUAAAGCUGACACUGACUGUAAAUGUCAAAGAACACCAGAAGAUUGCAGAACGCUGUAAUGAGCUGGAGUCUAAUGAGAGCCUAUUACGUGCAGAACUGGAGGAGCUGAGGCAUGUGGUUGACAGAAAGGAGUUGACUAUUCAGAGACUGCAGGAGGACAAACUUUCAUUGACCAAAGAUCUAUCAAAUUGUGCAGAUAAAUCAAAUGUUCUUGCUAAACGGUUGGAACAAGAAAUAGAGGCCAAAGACCGGGUGCAUAAGCAAGGCCUUAGUAUAUUAAAUGACAUCAAUAAAUUCAACAGUGAAGCUGAAGACAUCAAAUGUGCAAUCACCCAUGCAAAGUUGGAUGAGCUGAAGCAAGUAAUUAAAGUGCUGGAAGGCCAGAAUUCUGCGAUGGUGAAGCAGCUGUUCAAUAAAGAUCGAACAUUGAUUGAAUGUCAAAAACAUUUGUUGAGCACUCAAGAGCAGUUGGAGAAAGCCAAAGACAGAUUAGAAAAGGAAAGGAAAAAAUCCAUGGAUGAGCAACGUUGGGAAAAUAAGCGGAUCAAAAACUUGGAAGAUAGCUGGAGACAUCAAAUGCUAAUUAAGGAUGAUGAGAUUAAACGUUUACAAGGCCGAAUCGAUGACUUGAAUCAUCAGAAUGCUAAAACGUCAAAAUGCCACAUCUGUCAUGAUGGUAAGCUUCUAAAUAAAGCAGAGAAACUUGCUGAGGACAUGAGCAAGAAAUAUGAAGAUGAGAAUAAACUGAGGAUACAUUUGGAGAAAAAGCUUGAUGAACAGCUGAAAAAGCAGAUGGCUAGUGACAAAUGGUUAUCUGAUUCAACUGAGUCACUGAAGGAUGAAUUGGCUGAGAACCAGAAAACUAUUGCACACCAGGAUAAAUUAAUAAAGGAAUUAUUAGAAAAAGCUGAUAAUCAAGAAAUGACUUGGAAGAGAAUUUCUGAAGAUCUGGAAUUAAAAAUAAAGGUUUUGGAAGAUGAAUCAAAUAAACUGAAAACUAAAGAAAAAUCUAAUGCUGAACUGAAGUUAAGCUUACUCCAACAGGUGAAUACCUACCAAGAAGAAGUGAAGCAGCUGCGUAACCAGUUGCAGGCAGUGACUGACAAAAUUACAAGAGAUGAGGAAUCGGUUACAUUAGUACUUGAAAACAAAAUUGAGGAACUGAGAAAGCAAUUAGAAAAGAAGAGUAAUGAGAAGGAAUUGUCAGAUGAACGAGAAAAACAACAUUUACGAAAAAUCAAGGAGCUGGAAAACAUUCUUGAUGAUAAGGAGAAUCUGAAAGCAAACAAUGAACAGCGGCUUCUGACAAAGAUUAAGGAACUAGAGAAUCAGUUAGACCAAGAAAAUGUGGACAAUAAGUUACUGGAGAGCAAGGAACAGCGACUUCUAGAAGAACUAAAGACUUUAGGAACUGAGUUGGAUCAUGCUAAUGCUGGUCGGAAGAUGGUGGAAAGUAAAGAACAGCAACUCAUUGAUAAAAUAAAAAAUUUGGAAAAUCAGUUAGAAAGUGUAGAAAGUGGCAAAAGAACACUGGAAAACAAAGAACAGCGUUUAACUGAUAAGAUAAAGGCAUAUGAGCAUGAUCUAGAACAGGAAAAAAUUGGUAGGAAACUUGCUGAGAAUAAAGAGAAGCGUUUACAAGAAUCUGUUAAGUCUCUUGAGAACAAGUUGGAUGAUAUUACAUCAUCUAAAAAACAAUUUGAGAACAAAGAUCGUCGCAACUUGGAGAAGAUCAAGCAACUGGAGACUCAAUUAGAAAAAGAGUCAUCAGACAGAAAGUUAGCUGAAAAUAAGGAUCGACGAAAUCAAGAUAGAAUUCGGGAUCUUGAGAAUCAGCUAGAGAAAGAAAGCUCUUGUAAGUCAUCACUUGAAAAUAAAGAGCGGCGUUUGUUGGACAAAGUUAAAGGUUUAGAGAGCCAAGUUUCAAAUGAUGAAAUGACAAAGCAUCAACUGGAAAAUAGAGUUGCUCAGCUUCAAGAGAGGAUUAAAGAUUUAGAACAACAGAUGGACAAGAAAGACAAACAAGCUGAUGCAACUGAAAAGCAAUUGGAGGAGAAAAUAAAGCUACUUAAAGAUGAAGUGCGGUCUUAUUCAUCGAAGGAAAAACUUGGAGAAUCCCAUGAGAAACAUCUGAAAUCAAGGAUAGAGAACAAAGAACUUGAAAUUGAAAGAUUGAAAGCUGAAAAAACUGAUGUUAGGAAAAGAGACAAGUUGUGCCGAGAAAAGAUCAUGGAACUUGAACAGAAGCUAGAACUGGAAACCAUUGAGAAGCAGAGACUAGACAGAAAGUGCAGACAACUAACAAGGCAAAUUGAGGACACUGAACGUAACUCAGAGAAGUUUAAUUCUGAAAAGAAUGAGAUGAAGAAAAUUGAACGUCUGCACAAAGAAAGAAUAAAAGAACUGGAAGCAGAAGUACAAAACAAAACUAAAGCUAAGGUCUCUCUUCCAUUAUCUCGAUCUGUGAGUGUAAAUCGAAUGCAGGGCAGAUCAGCAGAAACAAACGAAAAGACAGAAGAGAAAAUUCAAAUACUCCAACAAGAUAAAGCUCAUCUAGAAGCUCGUGUGUCUACACUGGAACAUAUUGUUGAAGAAUACCAAAGCAACAUAACUGCCUUAAAAGAAAACAUUAAAAAGCAAGACAAAUCCAACAAAGAACUUGUAAAAAGUUUAACAGAAGAAUUAACAUCUUGGGAAGAAGAAGCAUCUAAAAUGAAAGAGCGUCUGUUGUUACAAAUUGAUAAGAUAAAAACACAGAGAGAUAAAGCUGAAGAUAGACUUCAAAGCUCUCAGUCUGAUCUUGAAAAAUGGCAGCAAGAAAUAACAAAAUCAGAGGAGAAUCUUGUGGAUUAUCAUAGGCAAGUCAAAGUGCUGCAGAAAGAACUGGAAGAAACCCAUCGCAGUUGGAGUCAAACUCAGUGGGAGCUGGACAAAAUUAAGCGGGAACAUGAUAAACUUGAGCAUGCUUAUAUAGAGAUCUCCAAGAAGUUGGCAGACAACAACAUUGACCAAGAAUCUGUGUCGAGCCUUCAAACAACCAACUCACACUUGUUAAAUGAAGUGAAAUUAUAUAAAUCCAAAGAAGAAAAGGCUGUCCGAACAUACAGAGAAUAUGAGGACAAAUACAAGCAUUCCGAGAAAGAGAAGCAUUCUAUAAAUAUGGAACGGCAAUCUCUGCUACAUGAAAUUCAAGACCUUCAGCAUCAGUGUGAUAUGGAAAGAAGGGCUGCAGACAACCUGAAAUCUGUGUGUAAAGAACUGGAACUCCAAGUCAUUGACUAUGAGGGUAUUAUUAAACAAUAUGAACAAAAAGAAUCUGACUGGACUACAAUAAGGAAUGGCUAUGAAGAAACUCUAAAAUCAAAAGACAGAGAUGUGCAGAAUGCAGAUAAGCUUCUUGAGGCAGAGAUGAUAGCAAGAGAUGCAGAUACCAACAUUCUAAAUUCUCUGACACAAAAGCUGAACACUAAUAAAUCUGACUACAUAGAUGAAAUUAAUGGAUUGCGAUGUCAGCUUGAAGAAGCCAAAAAGAAACUAAACAAAUGCUUUCACCAACUAUCUGUUGCUGAGAAAAGAGGGUCAAAGCUGGACAACGAGAAAACUGAAAUGAAGCAAUCACUGUGUAACAAUAAAGAAUACGAAUCUCAGUUGAAGGAACUGUGCUCAAAACAGGCGGUAGAAUUGGACCAUCUACGUGAGGAGAAUCGGAAGAUCAAAGAUAACUGGCAAGAAGCAAUGGAUAAGUUUGAACUGAUAUUUGGAGAAAAGGUUGACUUAGAAAGAGUUAUGGAACUUCUACAGAGUUCAUACUGUUUAGAAAAAUAUCGCUUUGAAAGUAUGAUGGGGCAACAGAUGAAACUUAUUGACUACAUGCACGCACUAAUACCUGAUAGUACUGCUAAAAAGAAAAAGUGUUCUAGAUUGUUUGGGAGCUUCAAAAGCAAAGACUGUAUGAAUAAAACCCCAGUGCGUGCCGGUGGAGACUUGUACACUCAAGUAGAAGCAGAAAAGAAGAAAAAUGCUAAACUGCAAGAACAAAUCGAGAAAAUGAGGGCUGAAAAUUAUCAACUGGCCUCUGAAGUUUUGAAACUGAAAACUGGUGAUACAGAUGCACAUGAGUUUCUUACAGGAAGAAGCGCUCUGUCAGACCCUGCUGUUAUCUCAAGUCUUAGCAAUUCUCCAACUACCCACACACUGUCCAAGUUAACUUCCUCAGUAUCAUCCAGUGGCUUGAGCAAGAGUGCACCUGGCACUCCCAUGGCCCCUGCUAAGCCACCUCGUGCUAGGAUGAAUCACAACAUACCACAUCGGUUUGUUUCUGGUUACAACACGCGUGCAACUAAAUGUGCUGUGUGCCUUGGAAAUGUUCCAUUUGUUUCACAAGCAAAGAAAUGCGAAGAAUGCCAUAUUGUGUGCCAUAUGAAAUGUGCUUCACAAGUGCCACCCACCUGUGGACUAUUACUGGAAUAUAUUCAGAACUUUACAUCUUGUAUGCGUAGAAUAGACUCCGCUGACACUGUGAAUUCAAGUCAAACAAAUCCCUGUGAAAUUUCAAGUUAUCUUAAGAUCCAAAGAAGUGGUAGAAAUAGCUGGGAUCAGUGUUGGGUGAAACUUGAUGGAAAUAUGUUGAUGAUUUACAAUGAUGAAGACGACUCCUCACCUAUUGACUCUUUUGACUUGUAUCCAACCACAAACAAUGAAGUGGUGGUUCACAGUGCUGUGACAGCUGCUGAGCUUCCUAACACCGCUACUUCCGAUCUGUUGUACAUCAUGAAAGUUGAAGAGAUUCCAGACAACACUUGUUGGCCGGGCAAAAUUCUCUACCUCAUGUGUAUGAAUUUCUCAGAUAAGCAGCGCUGGGCUGCUGCAUUGGAAGCUGUUGUUAAGAAGAGAAGCAAUGCCAACAAACAAACGCGGUUGAUGCACACUGUUGUUCUACAGUUGAAUGAUACCUUCAAAAUUGAAUUAAACUGUUGCCUAAUCCUUAACAAAAAGUUUUUGCUUCUUGGUGGUGAGGAAGGACUCUUUGUCAGUGAAAUCCAAAAUUCUUCUUACUCCUUGUACAGUACCCCAGUUAAGAUAUGUGGUGUUAGCAGUGUUUAUCAUAUGCAGUCUGUAUCUUCCUUACAGUUAGUAGUCCUUCUUGUUGGAGAAGAUCGUGCAUUAAUAGCAAUUAAGAAAAAAAGCCUUAAGAACAAGCAUUUCCAUAAGUUGCCAAACCAGUCCAACCCUAUCCCUUAUGACACUUUAGACAAAGUUAUCCGUUGUACAGUGUUUGAUGUUGGCAUGUGGGAGGAAUGUGUUUACCUUUGUGCUGGCAUGAUCGACAGAAUUGUCCUCAUGAAAUACAACCAUGGAUUGGAUAAGUUUUGCGUCCGAAAGGAAUUUACUACCAUUGCUGAACCUUGCAGUUGUGUGUGUGUUGCAGAUAAAUUUGCCAUUGUUGGCACUGACCAGUUUAUGUGCAUUGAUUUUGAAAAUCCAUCUUUGAAAGAAUAUUUAGACAGCAAGGAUCCAUCUUUUAAAUGCAUAUAUGACAAUACAAGCUUACCUUUGAAUGUUGUGAAAAUUUCUCCACAAGGAGCACCGCUAGAAUUCUUGCUCUGCUAUUAUGAAUUCGGUGUUUAUGUGGACUAUAGAGGUCGUAGAAGUCGGUCAAAUAACUUAAGAUGGAGUGGUGUACCCUUGACAUUUGCCUAUCAUGACCCCUAUCUCUUUGUCACUUACUUCAACUUUGUUCAGGCCAUUAACAUCCCCAUGAACAGAAGCCAGAUAAAAGGAAAGCAAAUGUCAUUUGUAAAAGUGAGACCUCGUUAUCUGGGUAGGGCUCCAGGGAUGGGCUCUGCAUUUUUCGCUUACAUCUGCCAGCAACGUACAGAGGUAUUGUGUUUGCGUGGUGGCAAUCAUGACCAGGUUCAGCAGGAAGACAACUGGGACACUGAUGUAGAUCCUGAUGAUGAUGCUCUUCCAGGUUCCCAAAGACAUGUACGUUUUGUCAGCCCUGAGAAAGCAAGGCGCAUUAGGAAAAGUAGUUCGUGGUCUUCAUUCGAUGGUCUUGAGCCCAACUGCACCAGUGCCUCGGAGUCUUCAAGCUCUUCUCAAGAUGCCCGACAUUUGUAUGCAACAAUUAGGAAAAAUGGAAUGAAGAAUCAGUACCAUUACUGAAAUCAAUACAUCUUCAACAUUUGGACUAUUGAUACCCCACUACUUUAUUCAUGAUCAUCAUUGAAGUUAUUUUUUUGUCUGCAUUGGUCUGUUUUGAGGUUCUUUUUCCUUCAAUUAAGAUUGUACAGUGUUGUAAAUAUAUCUCCUACUGUCUCCACAUUCUGUUCACUUCAAAGCUACAUUUUAUUGUCCCUCCCAGUUUCAACUAUUUCUCCAUUUCAGUCCCUUUAAGCCAAAAAAUAAACCAACAAUAACAUCAAUGAUAAUAAUAAUAAUACCAACAAUAAUAGUGA